CUUGUAGUCUCCAUGCAGAAAACCGCAUUGUCUGCCUCUUUGCGCGGGUGCUGCGUUUUGUUGUUCCGUCCUUCUCGCCCUAGGGCUGUGCCGUGCCAUGGAAGGCUGGCGGGUGUCCUGGCAACAGAGCCUAGCCAGCCCUUUUCCUGCGGUCCCUGAAGCAGGGAGUAGGGGAGGUAGCAGCUGCUGCUAGGUCUGGGUGGGGGACAGGCUGCACAGAGCCCUGCACCCUCCCCACUGCUGCAGCCACCUCAGCCCUCUCCUCCCCUGCCUCCCCCUUUCACCAGCCUGUGGAUAAAGAAAAGGAGAUACUAUCUCCACCCUGCUCCUUGCCUGUGUCUCACAGCUCUCCAUGCAGAGGGGGCACAUUUAGGGUGUUAGGGCAGGAGAGGUAGACACACACAGACUGCAAGAGGAAUGAUGCUUGAAUCCAUCCGUGUCACUGUGCUUCUGGCCAAUACAGCCCACCACUGGGAAGCCUGUCCAGCAAUGAGGGGGCAUGAUGGAGCUGAUUGGGCUGGCACAUCCUAGAUAUUCCUCACUUCUCUGGGACCUUAUUCUGGGGAGUUUUCUGGAGAGGGACAGUUUCUUUAUAGAAAAACUUCACUGGCCUGAGCAAGAGCUCUCUAAAAAAUCAGUCUUAAAUUCAGAAGAACAUAAGCUGAUCAUUAAGAAUGAAAGCAGUCUUCAGCACCUGUCCUCUGGAAUCCUUAAGGAUAUUUUCACAACAGGAACCAGUAGCUACAAUGUCCUUCUGCAAAGCAAAGAGGAGAAAAAACACCACUCUCAAAAGCUGUCAUCUGCCCACCACAAGAGGAACAGAAAGUCCACCAAGUCUUCUACUACCUCGCGAAGCAACGAGCACCGCAAGAUCAAAGUCCCACUACCUUUGCUCAGCAGUGGCUGGUAUUGCAUGAAGAGGCAGCCAUCCGUCUUUAUCGCUAGCCCAGUGUCCAGCAGUGUAAAGUUUACACACAGUAUUUCUGUUGCAGGGAACAGCAUAGGACUGCCACCUCGACCCAAAAGCAAGGCUAAGAGACAUUAUUUUUCUAGUCUACCAAAGCCAAAGCAUCCUCAAUUGUCAAAAAGCCAUGGUAAAGAGGUAGAUGUCUCUGGCCGAAAACUCUGUAUACUAACUGCUAUCAAGCCUUCCAAUGUGGAAAAAGAGAAGAUUAAAUUCUUCAAGUCUGAUUUUACCUAUAAUCCUCAAUUUGAAUACGCAAAUCCUGCAUUGCCAAAUGUGUUAGCUAAGCACAGCCAAGCAUCCAACAAGUUUCUUAAACAGUCUGUCAAUAUUAUGGAACGGACAUUGCAGAAAUAUGGAAGCUAUGAAAAGUUUGAGCAGGCUACUGGAGGCAGCCUGCUACCAAAAAGUCGCAUUUGGAAUCAUGUCAGGAAGUACAUGGUGAAAGAAGGCUGCCUUGGUGAGAUUGUAGUUCAUCUCACUGAGGACCUGCUUUCUCGUGCCUCAAUGACAGUGGUGAAUGGCCGCCCAACUCUGACUAUCAAUGUUUCCACUGCACGUGAGCACUGGCUAGAAGGGAUGCUGAGGCAUGAAAUAGGAACUCAUUAUUUUCGAGGUAUUAACAACAACAGCCAGCCUUGGUGCAAUUGGAAUGGACGUAAAAAGCUUGGGUUAAAGCCAAUCAACCCUACUGAAGAAGGCCUGGCGAGUAUUCACAGUGUCCUGUUCCGAAAAGACCCCUUUCUAUGGAGGGCUGCCCUUCUCUACUACACUGUCUAUCAAGCUAGCCAAAUGUCCUUCAGUCAACUCUUCCAGGAUGUGGGGAGAUUUGUCAAGGACCCCAACACUAGGUGGGAUUACUGUGUACGAGCCAAGAGAGGGUGGACUGAUACUUCCCAGCCAGGCUGCUUCAGUAAGGAUCAGGUAUACUUGGAUGGCAUCCUCCAAAUCCUAAGAUACAGGGAGUCUAUCGAUUUCCACUUGCUGAUGGCUCUUGGAAAGGUCUCUUACGAGGAUGUGGAUCACUUGAAGGAAUUUGCGGUGAUCGAGAACGUGAGAGUACCACACUUCUUGCAAGACCAUGUCAGAUACAUGGAACACUUGGAAAAGAUCAUGGAGGUGAAUGAGCUGACUGACCAAGAGCUCCAGGAUCUCAUAGUGUAACAGUCAGUCAGUCUCUUUUACCUGAAAUCUAUUCUGUAUGCAGCUGGUUAUACAGAACUAGACUUCACCACAGCUUGCAAAACUAGAAUGAAUCAACUUUUGUUUUGUUGUCUGGCAAAAAUCUUGACUAUUCAGAUUUGUUAAUUUUUUUUU